AUGGCCGACUUGAUCAAUCGUAGGAGGCAGAGACCCAAUGACAGGUAUGGUUCUGAUUUUAGUAACCCUUUUGGUGAUGGUUUGACUUCCGAAGACGAACAGGAAGGGCGGCCAAGGGGUAAACGUGGAGGGGGUAACAGGCGUUGGGAUUCUGGGAUAAGGAUUGAUAUUCCAGAAUUUGAUGGGUCUAGUUUGAAUCCGGAGGGGUUCAUCGAUUGGUUGGCUACCGUGGAGGAGGUGUUUGAGUAUAAGGAGGUACCGGAAAAUAAGCGGGUGGCCCUGAUCGCUACCAGGUUACGCGGUAGGGCCUCUGCGUGGUGGCAGCAAUUGAAGUUAACACGAAACAGGCUUGGAAAGUCAAGGAUUGUGACAUGGGCCAAGAUGAAGAAGUGCUUGCGCUCCAACUUUUUGCCUCAUAAUUUUCAAAGGUUGAUGUACCAACGUCUGCAGAAUUUAAAACAGGGGGCCAAAUCUGUUGAUGAUUAUACAACGGAGUUUUAUCAAUUGAUUGCGAGGAAUGAUGUUCAAGAACCGGAAGAGCAACUUGUUUCUCGGUAUAUUGGGGGUCUGAGGGUUCAAAUUAUGGAGUCUGUGAACCUUUUUGAUCCAUUAACCAUUCCAGAGGCACACCAACGGGCGUUGGCCUUUGAGAAGCAAAACUGUCGGGUGGGCGGUUCAUUUACCCCUGCUGGAGGAAACAUUGGGACAGGCAGUGGGGCACCUCGUGGCAGGCCUAGUCAGCAGAAGCCGGGGGGUAGCAAUACCGGGCCUACUUCUAAGGGGGCUAGCAGUAGUGGUCCGAGAUGUUUCAGUUGUGGUGAAACAGGCCAUCGUCAAGCUGAGUGCAAAAAGGCUAGUAAAAGACACUUGUUUGUUGAGUCUGAGGAUGAUCAGUAUGAAGAGUAUGAGAAUAACCCAGUGUACGAUGAAGAAACUAAAUAUGAAGAGGAGGUUGUGACCGGUGACGUUGGGGUGAAUUUGGUGGUCAGACGCUCUCGCUAUACACCAAAGGCAGAUGGGGAUGACUGGCUAAAAAACAACAUCUUCCACUCAACAUGUACCAUUUUGGGGAAGACAGAGAGUCACCCGAAACCGUACAAGCUUCAAUGGCUUAAAAAGGGAGGUGAAGUGACGGUAUCUAAAAGGGUACUUGUUUCUAUUUCUAUUGGGUCAACGUACAAAGAUGAUGUUGUGUGUGAUGUGGUCCCUAUGGACGCGUGUCACUUAUUGUUGGGUAGACCUUGGGAAUAUGAACGUAAUAUAGAGCAUAACGGGCGGUCCAAUACUUAUAGCUUUCUGUUUGGUGGUGUGAAGAUCACUCUUGUCCCUAGCAAGCCUAAACAGUUAGCCACAAAACAGUCGGGUAAUUUGUUGACCAUCAGUCAGUUUCAAGAUGAAUUGGAGGACACAGACAGUGUUUUUGUUUUGAUAGGGAAGGCAGUGCCCGAGGAAGUCGAAAUUCCUGAUGCUAUGGUUCCUUUGCUUGAGGAACUUUCUGAUGUGUUUCCUGUUGAGUUGCCUGAUGGAUUACCACCUUUGCGUGACAUCCAACAUCAAAUUGAUUUGGAGCCUGGGUCUCAGUUACCCAAUAGACCACAUUACAGGAUGAGCCCUGCUGAGCAUGAAGAGUUGCGAAGACAGGUUGAGGAGUUGAUUUCUAAGGGUCACGUUCGUGAAAGUAUGAGCCCUUGUGCUGUUCCGGCUUUAUUGACUCCAAAAAAAGAUGGCACUUGGCGUAUGUGUGUUGAUAGUCGAGCAAUCAACAAGAUUACUUUGAGGUACAGGUUUCCUAUUCCUCGACUUGAUGAUUUGCUUGAUCAACUUAGUGGUGCUACUAUUUUUACGAAGUUAGAUUUGAAGAGUGGUUACGUCUUAGACCGGGUGACGAGUGGAAGACUGCCUUCAAGACUCGUGAAGGGUUGUAUGAGUGGUUGGUGA